AUGUUUUUUGGUUUUAACACUCUAUCUGUUUUUAUACUGCUGUACCUAUGUGGGGUUUUUGCGUCAAAAGAUGCUUCUAAGUUAUUAUCUAGAAGAAGAAGGUACGUCGCGUUUCCUGAAGGUUCGAGUUUUUCGUGUGCUGGAUGCAUGACUGUGGGUGUCAUUGGCCAGCCAUCUCCAACGACUGCUCCUGGCACAUUCACUUGGGGUUUGAACUGGGGUAUUGCGUACGAGCUGCCUAAUGCCACAGAAACAGCUAUAUUCUACAGACGGAACAAGGGAAGAAGAAAACCAAUGGAACAACGAAGGAGCAGACGGGAAUUAUAUCAAAAAUUGGAGGUGAUUAUGGACAACAUGGGUUACAGCGGUAGAGACUGCAUUUUGAAGACCCUGUGUGAGACGACCAAGAGACUUGUCCCUCACGGAGGCAAUAUGAUUGAAGAAAUGUUUAGAACUUUGUUCUCAAUGCCAGUAACUAAGGUCUUAGCAUCAGAACCAUUGGAACACGCAAUUUACGACUCGGCUUCCCGUCUUGGCCAUAUACUAGAUAACUGCGAGCAGUUUAAGUGUCCGAUAUCUUUAAUAGACUUAAUAAAGGGAUACUAUAAUGCACCAGCCCCUACGGUGGACACUAGGUUAAAUCCAUGGGCGUUAUUUAGUAGCAGUUACAGUCAAGGAUAG